CAGUUCCUGAAAAAUUUACAGAAAUGCCAUUCCCGCGACUUGUCUGAGUUUUAGAUAGAGACCAAUGAUUCAUUGCCAAGUGAGGAGGUACACAGACUCGCAGUUGAUGGGUUGCAGUUUAAUUGCUAUGUCAGAAGAGAAGAGCCAGGAAAAAGAAAUAUAUAGAUAUAUAAAUAUCAUAUUAAGUGUCAAGUGUUAAAAAUUUCCAGUUAGUGCAUGCCUUGUUUACAGAGCACUUUCUCCACUCCCUGUAUUUUCUUCUCUCAGAUAGAGCCAAGUGGAGAGGAGAAGGAUACCCCUCCUCUAGAGUUUUCCAUCUAGAAUCCAAGCUAAAGCAAAACAACUUUAGCUGAAAGAGAAAACCAAACUCAAACCCACCAUUAUUUACACACACAAAAAAAAAGAAGAAGAAAGAAGACCCCUUUUUUCUCUCUCUCUAAGACCCCCACACCAUAUUCUAUUCUGAAGCUCCAAUUCCAAGUUUUCAACCACCUCUCCUCUUUCCAAUACCAUUCUCUAUAUUCGUUUCUGGUGUUUCGUAUUUCUUUUUUAUUUGUCUACAUUGGUUGGUCUUAAACUAGUACCUUUGUCAAAUCUCGUUAGGAAAGAGAGAGGGACAAGAAAAGAAAUAAAGACCGUAUCUUUAUUAUUUUCUUUAUCAAAUUUCUUGUUUUUCUCGACUUGGUUGAACUGGGGAGGGUGUUAAUCCACCUGGGUCGUCUUUAUUUCCUUCAACUUGCCUGAAAAAAAUGGAUUUUGUAUAAUUUUUAGACAGCCCAUCAUGGAUCUGGAGGGUGUGGUCCGUAGCCAUCCAAUUAAGAAAGAUUCAUGGAAGACACUGUUAACUUUAGCUUAUCAGAGCUUGGGAGUUGUCUAUGGAGAUUUAAGCACUUCUCCUUUGUAUGUUUACAAGAGCACUUUUGCAGAGGACAUUCAUCAUUCAGAGACUAAUGAGGAGAUUUAUGGGGUUCUCUCUUUUGUAUUCUGGACACUGACGCUGAUACCUUUAGUGAAAUAUGUGUUUAUUGUGCUUAGAGCUGAUGAUAAUGGUGAAGGUGGGACUUUUGCUCUGUAUUCACUGUUAUCCCGGCAUGCCCGAGUGAGCUCCUUGCCCAAUUGCCAGCUUGCAGAUGAGGAGCUAUCAGAGUACACUAAAGAUGGUGUUGUUUCAACCAGUAACAGUGCUUUUGGGUCGAGUUUAAAAUCCACAUUGGAGAAGCAUAGAGUGCUGCAAAAGGUGCUUCUUAUUCUGGCUUUGAUUGGGACUUGUAUGGUUAUUGGUGAUGGGGUGCUCACACCAGCAAUUUCUGUUUUUUCGGCUGUUUCGGGUCUGGAGCUUUCCAUGUCAAAAGAGCAGCAUCGAUAUGUUGAAGUCCCAGUUGCUUGUGUUAUACUCAUAUUUUUGUUUGCCCUUCAACAUUACGGGACCCACCGGGUAGGGUUCUUGUUUGCCCCAGUUGUGAUCACUUGGCUUUUCUGCAUCAGUUCCAUUGGUGUAUACAACAUCUUCCGUUGGAAUCCCCGAGUUUAUCAAGCACUCUCUCCAUAUUACAUGUACAAAUUUUUGAAGAAGACCCAAAAGGGAGGUUGGAUGUCCUUGGGUGGUAUACUGUUGUGCAUGACAGGUUCGGAAGCUAUGUUUGCUGAUCUUGGACACUUUUCACAGUUGUCAAUCAAGAUUGCUUUCACCUUUGUGGUUUACCCAUCCUUGAUUCUAGCAUAUAUGGGACAAGCUGCAUACCUUUCUGAGCAUCAUGUCAUACAGAGUGACUAUCGGAUUGGAUUCUAUGAAUCAGUUCCUGAGAAAAUAAGAUGGCCUGUUUUGGCAAUAGCCAUACUUGCUGCAGUGGUGGGAAGUCAAGCCAUCAUAACUGGAACCUUUUCGAUAAUCAAACAAUGUUCUUCUUUGGGUUGCUUUCCAAGGGUCAAGAUUAUCCACACAUCUUCUAAAAUACAUGGACAAAUUUACAUCCCAGAGAUUAACUGGACAUUAAUGUUGCUAUGCUUGGCUGUUACCAUUGGUUUUAGAGACACAAAAUCCAUGGGCAAUGCAUCAGGUUUGGCCGUUAUAACUGUCAUGCUGGUAACUACCUGCCUUAUGUCUCUAGUCAUAGUCUUGUGCUGGCACAAAAGCAUCUUCCUGGCAAUUUGCUUUAUAUUAUUCUUUGGCUCCAUUGAGGCACUCUACUUCUCAGCAUCGCUCAUAAAGUUUCGUGAAGGGGCUUGGGUCCCCAUUGCUCUUUCAUUCAUCUUCUUAGUGGUUAUGUAUGUUUGGCACUAUGGCACGUUCAAGAAAUAUGAGUUUGAUGUCCAAAAUAAAGUCUCCAUCAACUGGCUCCUCAGUUUAGGUCCUACUCUGGGGAUUGUUAGGGUCCGGGGGAUUGGCCUUAUACAUACUGAGCUCGUUUCUGGGAUCCCAGCUAUUUUCUCUCACUUUGUUACCAACCUCCCUGCUUUCCACCAGGUUGUAGUUUUCCUCUGCAUCAAGUCCGUCCCAGUCCCACAUGUCGGACCUGAGGAAAGAUUCUUAGUGGGACGAGUUGGUCCUAAGGAAUACCGGCUCUAUAGAUGCAUAGCACGCUAUGGUUAUCGUGAUGUUCACAAGGAUGACAUUGAAUUUGAAAGAGAUCUCGUUUGUAGUAUUGCAGAAUUCAUUCGGUCAGAGAGACCAGAAUGUGAUGUCAGUCUAGAAAAACUGGAAGACGAUGAGAAAAUGACAGUUGUUGGGACUUCAUCAUCAAAUUUAGAUGGCAUAAGAAUGUCUGUAGAUGAUGCAGAUUUCUCUGAAAUGGCAAGCACCUCAGAGUUGCAGGAGAUAAGGCCUACAGAAAAGCCCAAGAAGAGGGUGAGAUUUGUUGUUCCAGAGUCUCCACAAAUUGAUAGGGAGGCAGUAGAGGAGUUGCAGGAACUGAUGGAAGCAAGGGAGGCAGGAAUGGCAUUUAUAUUAGGCCACUCAUAUGUGAAGGCAAAGAGAGGAUCCAAUUUGAUGAAGAAACUAGUGAUCAAUGUCGGGUAUGAUUUCUUGCGGAGAAACUUUCGGGGGCCAACUUAUGCUUUAAGCAUUCCUCAUGCAUCUACUCUAGAGGUAGGGAUGGUCUACCAUGUUUAGUUUUGGUUAUACGGUAGGUACAGCUUUGUACGCAAUGCUUUCUUUGCUUUCUUUUCUUUUUCUUAUCUUUUGGCUGUUUCAGUCAUAUUGUAUAUGAUAGAUCAUGGCAUUUUUAUGCUGCCCUUACACUGUAAAAACUUCUAGAGCUCCUAGGCAAUAGAAGCGCUGAUGCUUCGGGGUUUGCAUUUGAGAUAGUGUCAGAGUCAUGGCCCGCCCUUCAUGCUGUCCCAAGUUAAUAUAUGCUGCAUCAAUAAGAGAAUUGGGCCAAGUUUUGGGCUUUUCAUUUGGGUCUAAUGAAAA